CCACUGUGCUUCACAAAAGCAAUAAAAACAGUAGGUCACAAUGUUACGCAAAUAAAGAUGCAAUUUAAAUAGCAAGAGAAAACGACAAAACCACGUAACCACACUGCUACGUAACGACAAUGCUACGUAAGAAACUACGUGUAUUGUGCAACAGGAACUGUUCUCCCGCCAUCCAGCCUGUCACCUUAAACUCACCGAAAACCCUUAAAAACGCAUCGAAGACGACUGAUCGCAUCCUCGUUUUUGUGACCAGGUGGGCAUCGAGUGAAGAUCUCUGAGAAUAACUGUCUGCCUGCUGGUGAACAUCUGCCUCCUGCGAUGGCAACCCCGUGUUCUGAAACGUUUUUAAUAACAGGAGGUUGUGGCUACUUGGGAUUUCGCCUUGCGUGUUCGCUGCAGAAGAAAGGAGCCAAAGUGGUUCUGUUCGACACCGUCCAGCCAAACCAGCGAGUUCCAGGGGACAUUGUGGUUGUCGAAGGAGACAUCCGUGAUUAUGCACAGGUGGAAAAGGUGUCCCGUGGCGUGGAUUGUGUAUUUCACAUCGCCUCCUACGGCAUGUCGGGCAGGGAACAGCUGAACCGAGAUCUGAUCGAAGCAGUGAAUGUUACAGGCACACAGAACGUCCUGAAGGCCUGUGUGGAGCACGGCGUCUCCCGGCUGGUCUACACCAGCACCUUCAAUGUGGUUUUUGGAGGCCAAGUGAUUGAGAAUGGAGAUGAGAGCCUUCCGUAUCUGCCUCUCCAUCUUCACCCCGACCAUUACUCGAGAACCAAGUCCCUAGCCGAAAUGGCUGUGUUGGAGGCAAAUGGUUCUCCUCUUAAAGGCGGUGACGGAGUCUUAAGAACCUGUGCACUUCGUCCAGCUGGUAUCUACGGACCUGGUGAGCAGAGACACCUCCCGAGAAUAGUGAGCUACAUUGAGAGGGGGAUUUUUCGAUUUAUUUACGGAGAAGCCAGCAGCCUGGUGGAGUUUGUCCACGUUGACAACCUGGUGUCUGCUCAUGAGCUGGCUGCUGAAGCACUGACUGAUGAGAAACAGAAGCUAUCCUCCGGCCAGGCUUACUUCAUCUCAGAUGGGCGACCUGUCAACAACUUUGAGUUCUUCCGACCUCUCGUGGAAGGCUUGGGAUAUCCCUUCCCCAAAUUACGACUUCCUAUAACGCUUAUCUACUUCUUUGCGUUCGUCACAGAGAUGAUCCACCACAUCGUCGGGCCUUUCUAUAACUUCCAGCCACUGCUGACGCGCACCGAGGUGUACAAGACCGGCGUGACACAUUACUUUAGCAUGGCUAAAGCUAAGGCAGAACUGGGAUAUGAUCCCAAGGAGUACAACCUGGAAGAGGUGGUCCAGUGGUUCAGGAGCAGAGGUCACGGCAAGAGUCGCCAUCAGCCAGUCCUCAGUGAAUUUAUCCUGCGUGCUCUCUUCAUCACUGCGUCUGUAGCUGUAGCACUUUCAUUUCUUCCAGUCGUCGGCAGUUGAUGAGAGACUUCAGACCGCAUCCGAACCUCAUUCCAUCCGUCGUUUACACAAUAUGCUGCUCAGUGAAGUGUCCCCUCAAAAUGUUUUAUGCUGCUUUCAGAAGUCUCUCUGCAGGUCCUUCAAAUGGUUUCAAAGUUUUCUCAUUAAAAGUCAUCACAAAA